UACCACAAUUCCUGUACGAAGCGGGUUUUGCCUCACCUGGGAGUGCCCAGGAGAGUAGCGGCAGUCUCUAUGGCUGCCAGGGUAUCUGAAGAAUUGGCUUUGCCAUCCAGCAUCGUCUCGUACCAAAUUCGAUAUGAUGCCACUACUGCGCCUACAACUGCAAUCAAAUUCAUGACUGAUGGUGUCCUUCUACGCGAAAUGGCCACGGACUUCCUCCUGAGUAGAUACUCGGUCGUGAUUGUGGACGAGGCGCACGAACGGAGUCUCAAUACAGACAUCCUCAUUGGCACCUUAAGUCGUGUCAUUAGGCUGCGCGAAGAGAUGUGGUUGAAUGGAAAAGCUGGAGCAAAGCCAUUACGCCUCAUUAUCAUGUCUGCCACUCUGAGGGUGGCCGAUUUUGCGGACAAUAGUACUCUAUUUGCCACUCCUCCACCUAUCAUCAAGAUCGAUGCUCGGCAACACCCCGUCACUAUUCACUUCGAUAGAAAGACCCGUCAUGAUUAUGUUACGCAGGCCAUCCGUAAAGCCAUCAAGAUUCACACAAGGCUGCCUAGUGGCGGGAUUCUCAUAUUUCUCACCGGCCAGCAGGAAAUAGCAGGG